CUGACAAAAAUCGUGCGGGCUGGCUUGACUGUGUUUUCCGAAGUGGCGGCUGGCUUGACCGCAGUGCUCACGCGGACCUGUAGAAGUGCUUGUGAAGGAGGGACGCAGCAUCUCGGCAGUGUUUAAAGCCACAGAGCUCGACAGCCAGAGAGCAUCAUGGGAGGAGCAGUGGUGGACGACGGGGCUCCCGGGGUGAAGGCACCGGAUGGCGGCUGGGGCUGGGCGGUGUUGGCCGGCGGCUUCGUCAUCACCGGCUUCUCCUACGCCUUGCCCAAGGCCAUCAGCGUCUUCUUCAAGGAGCUGAUCCGGGAGUUCCACGUCGGCUACAGCGACACGGCGUGGAUCUCCUCCAUCCUGCUCGCCAUGCUGUACGGGACAGGCCCGGUGUGCAGCGUGCUGGUCAACAGGUUCGGCUGCCGGCCGGUGAUGAUGGUCGGGGGGCUGUUUGCCGCUCUGGGGAUGAUCCUGGCCUCCUUCGCCACGAGCAUCAUUCACAUCUACCUCUGCAUCGGAGUCAUCACAGGUCUGGGUCUGGCGUUGAACUUCCAGCCCUCCCUCAUCAUGCUGAAUCGCUACUUCAGUGAGAAGCGGCCUCUGGCCAACGGGCUGGCGGCGGCCGGCAGCCCGGUGGCGCUGUGCUGCCUCGCCCCACUGGGUCAGGUCCUCCAGGACAACUAUGGCUGGAGGGGGGGGUUCCUCAUCCUGGGAGGCAUCCUCCUCAACUGCUGUGCCUGCGGGGCCCUCAUGAGGCCCCUGGUGCCCCCUAAGAAGCUGGAGGAAGCCCCUCCCACCGCUGCAGAGGAGCAGAAGCCCCCGACCAAGAAGAAGCUCCUGGACUUCAGCGUGUUCAAGGACCGGGGCUUCCUCAUCUACGCCGUGGCGGCGUCCAUCAUGGUGCUGGGCUUGUUCGUGCCCCCUGUGUUCGUGGUCAGCUACGCUAAAGGCCUGGGCUACGAGGACACCACGUCCGCUCUGCUGCUCACCAUCUUGGGCUUCGUUGACAUGUUCGCCCGGCCCGCGGCGGGGCUCGUAGCGGGCCUGAAGUGGGUGCGGCCCCGCAGCGUCUACCUGUUCAGCUUCGCCAUGUUCUUCAACGGGAUCACCGACAUCGUCGGGUCUCAGGCGAAGGACUAUACGGGUCUGGUGGUCUUCUGCAUCUUCUUCGGUAUUUCCUAUGGCAUGGUGGGGGCGCUGCAGUUCGAGGUCCUCAUGACCAUCGUGGGAACGGAGAGGUUCCCCAGCGCCCUGGGCCUGGUUCUGCUGAUGGAAGCCAUCGCCGUGCUGCUGGGACCUCCUGGAGCAGGUCUCCUGUUGGACGCCACCCAUCAGUACAUGCACGUCUUCCUGUUGGCGGGCUGCGAGGUCGCGCUGUCGGCCAUCGUCAUCGCCGUGGGCAACUGCCUCUGCCUCCGCCGGGGGAAGAAGGAGCCAGAGGCCGAAAUGGAGAUGGUGGUCACUGCUGCAGAGAAGGAGGGACUGAACUGUGGGGUGGAGGCCGAGGAAGAUCAUGAAGAUGAAGAGGAGCUGGUGGAGGAGGAGAAGGGGAAAUACAGUGCUCUGAUCACUGGGGAGGAGGUGGUGAUGGUGAAGGAGAUGGAGGAGAGAGAACACACGGCCAAGAAGAACAAGACGAGGGAUGACUGGGAACAAUUAAAAAUAUAAAGAAUAAAUAAGUAUAAGGAGAAAUAUAUUCCAGAAUUUCUGUGUAAAUAUAAAGACAAAUGUCAAAAUAUGAAAUCAUUGUAUGCACUUUUAUUUAUUUUCACACGUAUUGCUUUAUUUUAAUAAGGAAAACAAGUGAUAAAUAAUUACAUGAAUUAAAAUAUGCAGACAAAAAAAGAAAAAUAUUUUUGUGAGAAUAGGACUAAUAUACAAGUAAAUAAUAUGCACAGAAAAGAUAAAUGCCAAAAAUUGUUUAUUUAUAUAAUAGUAUUUCCUGAGUUAUCCUUUCAGGCGUCCAGCACCUCAGACUCCGUGGUUGUCAGAAUGGACUCUGUAAAGGCCCAGUGUGUCGUGGUCUCUGGCAGAAGAAGGGACGAACCAAUCACUGGAGACUAUUGUUCCCCUUUGAGACGUCGUCCCGUUGGAUACUUUGGUCCGUGUGAACACUGUGUUGACUCCGUGUGGUGAGUGUGUGUGACUCGGCUGAUGACCGUCCCCUCAGGUGAAGGUCAUCUGUGUGUGUUCUACACAGCCGGCUGCACAGCGUGAUGUCCAACACAAGACAGACAUGUGAUGCCCGUUUAAAUAAAUACAUGCAUGUUCUGUGGUGAGAUGCCUAAAUGA